AUGCUCAUACAAAUGUCUAAAAAAGUAAGCCAAGCUUUAAUUAAGCCAUCGUACAGAAGAACUCUCCCCAGCACAGCCCUCGGAGUGGAAACAGCAGCCACAAUCACCCUUACCGGCACGAGAGUCCUAAAUUACGGAACGGACGCGCAAUCAGCGACUACUAGUGAGGAUGAGAAAUCGAAAACAAAACCGUCGGGCAUAGACACUGAAACAGACAAUGUUCGAGUUUUCACAGGCCAGAAGCCGCUCGGGUCCACAGGCGCAAUUCCUAAAAACACCAAAGUUACUCCUGAACCACUACCCAAAAGGAAGAGGACACUCGAGAGGCCCACAAUAGAACAGGUGAAUACUGUAAACGAUAACAUGGACACAGACGUAGGAGAGGGUGAAUUCAAAACCCCAAGGAAAUUUUCUACCAACUUUGUUAAAAUAUUACGAGAAAAAGCAGUAAGAUCAAUACAACUGCAAAAUAAAUACAAAGUGUUAACAGACACUGAAGAUUCAGAUGAUGAAGCAUACGUAACGUCGCGUAAACCAGAAACCCAACAGCCAUCGACGAGUAAGACAAAUACCAAAGAAAAUAGCAGGACAACCAAAGCAAACAAUCCCAAAACCACAACUAUAGUACCCAGGAGAACGGCCAUGCCCCCUAUAGUCAUCGAAGGCAAAACAGACGACCACAAUAGUCUGAAAAACGACUUAAAAAAUAUAAUUAAAGGAAAGUACACUAUCAAGUAUACUAAUAAUUCAACAAUUAUAUAUGCUGAGGACAAAAAGGACUACACAGACCUACUUGCGAGUGUCAAGGAAUCUAAUAUCUCCCAUCAUACAUACACCAACAGAGCAGACAAUUCACACGCAUUCGUGUUAAGAGGGCUAAAUACGGGAACUAAGAUUGAAGACAUAGAGGAAGACCUGAUACAAACAUACGAUAUCAAAACGAGGGAAAUUUACCAGAUGUCUACAAAAUACAGACCGUUAUAUCUAAUAGUUACCGACCCGGCGAUCACCUUAGAUUUUCUUAACAAGAACGUCCGUGUGAUCGAAAACACCCGAAUUACAUGGGAAUUAAGAAAAUCGACGAAAAUAAUAAUCCAAUGCCAUAAUUGCCAGGCUCUCGUGAAUUCUGCUUUAGUUAAAGUAUUGGAACCUAAAAAACAAAUAGCUAAUUAA